AUGUGGAGGCAAGGGGAAAUCCUGGGAGGAUGGCUCCAAGGAUCCAGCAGUGCAACUCUGGUAGCUGCAUUCUCAGUCAUAUUCCGGAUGCUGCAUGGCCUUGCAGACAUAAAUCCCAGCCUGUCUUUGUCAGUGCUAACAGAUGGCAACCUCAUGGAAAGACUUGUUUUAUGGCAAAGAUUUAAUGAUCAGGUGCAGCAGCCACUUUAUGGCAUAACCCAGUGUCGGACCGUGAAGCUUGGUCAGGGCAAGGCUGUGAAUCCACAAAUUGGAAACAGGUGGCACAAAUUCCCUGGGGACCACGGCAUCUAUUGGCCUUAUGAAGUUGCUGAUGCCUUUCCUGGGGUAGAAGAGGAAGUGGAUGUGGACUCAUAUGCAUACAGCCAUAGGUGGAAAAGGAACUUGGACCUUCUCAAGGCAGUAGACACAAACCGAGCAAGUAUGGGCCAAGACUCUCCAGAGCCAAGAGGUUUCACAGACCUGCUCCUGGACGAUGGGCAAGACAACAACACCCGGAUUGAGGAGGACACAGAUCACAAUUACUAUAUAUCUCGGAUAUAUGGUCCAUCUGAUUCUGCCAGUCGGGAUUUGUGGGUGAACAUAGACCAAAUGGAAAAAGACAAGGUGAAGAUUCAUGGAAUAUUGUCCAACACUCACCGGCAAGCUGCAAGAGUGAAUCUGUCCUUCGAUUUUCCAUUUUAUGGUCAUUUCCUGCGUGAAAUCACUGUGGCAACUGGGGGUAAGUGAUUUUCUACCCAUUCACC